AUGACCUUGCGUCCGUGCUGCUUGGGAAAACAGGUUCUUCGAUUCGGCUUGCCACGGCUCGACUUUGGCUUGACUUUGGCUUGCCUCGGCUUGCCAUGCUCUCGCGAACAGCUCGCCGGCAGUGCGACCAACGCCGCGGCGCCGUCCACAGGUGAAGAGCACAGCGCGAGCAUGGGUCGUGUGGUUUACUUCGUGGUCGCCAUGCUGGUACUGGCGGCGCGGGCGGACGCUGCGGAAUUCGGUGGGCUCUCAACGUGUCAUCACCGGAUAUGUCCAGCUGUCCUGCGGCCAGUAUGCGGCAGCGACGGGAGGACCUACGACAACUGGUGCCAGCUGCAGACGGCCCGCUGUAGCGACCCGAGCCUGGAGGAGGUGCACCCGGGGGCGUGUCCUGGGGCCGAGGCGCUGCUGCUGUAGCUGGAGGACGAAGCAACGGCCGGGCGGCAGAGGGUUUGACCACACAGAGUCCAAAGCCUCGCGCACGAACCACAAGGCUAUGUAUAAACUGUUCCAGGAAAUAAAAACUAUAUUAUGAAAACA